CGAUGAGCACGUCUCCGUCCGAACGGCACGAGCCCUCGAGGCGCGUGACCCGAGCCGUGAUCGAGGUAGGAGCGUCGCUGAGCUGGCAUUAUCGACGUGGCUCUCGGCCAAGAAGGUUGUAGCGUCAACUUCGCACUGGCGGACGGCAGCCAUAGAGGUUCGGUCAAGUCCGUGACGCUGGCAGUCCAGGGUGUGGCCGUCGACCUCGGCGACUUUCGAGGGAGGCUCCUGGGACCGGCUCGUCGGCACUCGAAGAAGAAACGAGGCGGGAGCAGCAGCGGAACCUGGAGUUAGGCCUAACCUGUGGGGCCUGGUUGCCACGUCACCGACGGCGUUCGGGACACCAGCAGCAGACACGCUUCGGACUUGGAAGAUGUGCGACAACAAAAGACAGCUUGAUUCCAUGUACUAGUGGGUCUGCUGGGCAUGGGCAUCGUGUUGACCUUAUGCGGGCUGACAGUCGCCUCUCACUACGACCUGACCGAUUUCACCAAGGCUGCUAUCAUUGUGGUACAAGGAUUGGCGGUCUCGCUUCACGUCUUUGAAAUGCUCAUGAUGAGCCAAGAUAUUGGGGAACGAGGCACUGACAGACGGAGUCCCGAGCCAGCACCUGCUGCAGCCACUGCGUCUACAUUGAAAGACUCGCCAUCGAGGAUGACCCAGCUUGUAUACAACCAAUCAGACCUCAUCAUGUUGAUAACCCUUGUGCUAGAGUCACUUGGCUUCAUCAUUGUUAGCCAGAAGGUGGUGAGCAAAGCGUACAUCCUGCUUAUUCAGUGGAGCUUCGCACUGUUGGUGGCGUGCCGGACCAUCAAGACUCUGCAGAAAAGAUUGCCACAGGUGCUGUUGGAGCUUGUCUGGGACCUUAUAGACAACAUGAGGACCAAGAAAAUUUUUAGUGCCUAUGACAUCGGCUGGGCCUUUAUCUCGGCAGAAGACGAGACCAUCGCCAAGACGAACACCUUUUGCAAGAAUACAGAGCUGGCCAACAACAUUCGGGACUCGUGCAGGCGCAAUAAACUGCAGAUGCUCCUGAAAAUGAUGGACAUCCAACAUAAGUGCCCGGAUGUUAAAGUGGCCACAACAGCUAGCAAGGUGGUACGACGGGCACUGAGAAAGGCAUACGACGACCUAGGAGACCUGCACGAGUGUUUGAAGAUUGAUGACAUGCAGUUCCAGGCACUAAAACAGGAACUGGUACGGAUGCUGCAGAGUGAAGACCGCAUGCCCACAAAUUUCAUUGUGGGCCACACGGUGCACUGCGUCCUACUCAGCAUCACUUGGCUGCCCUGGGAAGAGGUGAUCAACAUUCACAAGGUUUAUGGCACAGCGAACCGAGCGAGAGAUCAUGAAGGACGUCUUCAGAAUGCCGACACAAACGAAUAUUUUUUUGGCCAAGGGCCAUUUGUCGACUAUCUACUGCCCACAGAGUGUAUCGGAAUGAUUGGAUUCCUCACAGACCAACCGUCUGUCUGCGAGGCAGUCUGCGAGACCGAUGUUGACGUGGUCAAAUUGCCGAUGACGGUUCUUGAAGAAAUGAAUGAGCAAAAUCCCGACCCACCUACGGUCAUAUACCGCAUGUGGUUUACGGUGGCCGUGCGCAUCGCACUCGGCGUUCUCAUCAAGCACAAGGGGUACCAGGUGCCGGCCAUUGAACGUCACUCACACGUACGGAGGCGUCGUCACAAUCUUGAUCUCGAACUUACUUCCAACAAACUUCAAGAAACCUUACGAUAUGCUCAAGCAACAGCAGGCUUGAUGUUUGCUCCCUGGCUGAGGUCGACUGGAACUCACUCGCGCCAAACUUCUAACUUCUUUUUAUGUUUACAUUCUGACACACGAGUGCUUUCGUGACACACGAAACUCAGUCUUGAUUUAUUUUUUUUUUAUUUUUUAUGAAUUUGUUGGCUGUUCACUGGUGAAAGUCAAUUAAAUGCU